AUGGCUGCCAAUGGAGCUAGCGCCUGGAGGCAGCUCACCCCGUUCCCGCUCUACCUGGCCAUCUUCUUCCUUCUUGGCGCCAACGAGGUGGAGGCGGCGACGUCCUUCAGCUUCGCCAACGAGUGCUCGCACCCGGUGUGGGUGGGCGUGCUCAGCGGCGCCACGUCGCCGCAGCUGCCCCGCACCGGCUUCUACCUCGCCCCGGGCGGGACCUCCUCGCUCGCCGCCCCGUCCUCCGGCGCCUGGUCCGGCAACUUCUGGGCGCGCACCGGCUGCGCCGUCGACGAGGGCACCGGCCGCCUCGCCUGCGCCACCGCCGACUGCGGCAGCGGCGACGUCGCCUGCGACGGCCGCGGGCCCGCCCCGCCCGUCACGCUCGCGGAGAUCACCCUCUCCGCCCCCGGCUCCGGCGGCCUCGACUUCUACGACGUCAGCCUCGUCGACGGCUUCAACCUGCCCGUCAGCAUCGCGCCCUCCCACGGAGGUUGCCAGGCGGCGGCGUGCGCGGGCGACGUGAACGCCGUGUGCCCGUCGGACCUGAGCGUCGCGUCCGGCUCAAGCGGUGAGGUGGUGGCGUGCAAGAGCGCCUGCAACGCCUACGGCAGCGCGCGCUACUGCUGCAGCGGCGACUACGGCACGCCGGCGGCCUGCGGGCCCACCAGCUACUCGCAGGUGUUCAAGGCCGCCUGCCCGGCGGCCUACAGCUACGCCUACGACGAUGCCAGCAGCACCUUCACCUGCUCCGGCGCCGCCACCUACCACAUCACCUUCUGUCCUGCCACUUAA